AUGCCCCUGACAGGGACACAAAUUGACGCCAUCUACCACACCUCUCUGGUCCUGAACGGCGUGGAGUACUAUUUCGGACAGGGCAUCCAGACGGCCAUUCCCGGCACCACCCACCAUGGAGAACCCAUGGAACGAAUCCAUCUGGGCCAGACCGAGAUUCCCACCGACGUGGUCGAGGAGUAUCUACAAUCGCUAGCAGAGAUCUACACUCCAGAGUCCUACGACCUGUUUCUGCACAACUGCAACAACUUCACCCAAGAUCUUGCCAUGUUCCUCGUGGGCAAAAGCAUCCCCGAGCACAUCCGCAACCUCCCCCAGACCUUCCUGAGCACACCCUUGGGCCAGAUGCUCAAACCGCAAAUCGAGUCCGCCCUCCGCGGCGUCACGCAAGCCCCAGGCACCGCUCUCCAACCAGCCCCAGCGGCAGCACCUCCCAGCACAGGCAAAGUGCACAUCGUCACCAACCUCGCCCAGCUCGAGGAAUGUCUCGCUUCGGCGGCGCAAUCCUGCGCCGUCAUCUUCUUCACCUCGGCGACCUGCCCGCCGUGCAAGAUGGUGUACCCGACGUACGACGAGCUGGCCGAAGAGGCCGGCGCCAAAGCGGUGCUGAUUAAAGUCGACAUCAGCACAGCCAUGGACGUGAGCAUGAAGUACAACGUCCGCGCGACGCCCACCUUCAUGACCUUCCUCCGCGGCCAGAAGACAGACGAAUGGAGCGGCGCGAACCCAGCCCAGCUCCGCGGCAACGUCCGUCUCCUCCUCGAGAUGGCGCAUCCCACCCACCCGCACCGCCAGCUGGACCUCCCCAGCCUCCAGCGCCCCAUCACCUCCUACGUGACCUACAAGCGCGUCCCGCCGCUGGACAAGCUCGUGCCCAAGCUCCACCCGCACGACGACCACCCUGUCCUCCGCGCCCUCCUCGACUUCAUCCAGCACCGCUUCGCGUCUCCCGAACCCGCCGCCGACACGCCCCUCCCCGACCUCCCGUCCUUCGCGACAUACCUCCAGACGACAGCGGCGGCGCUUCCCCGCGAAAAGCUCUUCGCGCUCGUCGAUCUCGCGCGACUGCUCUUCCUCGACACACGGGUAGCCGGGUUCUUCGCCGCGGAGCCGCACCACACGACACUGAUGGCGCUCCUGGCCCCCGCCGCCAGCGACGCCGAGCUCGCCGCGGCCCCAUACGCACUACGCAUCGUGCUCCUCCACCUCGCGUGCAACCUCUUCACAACCCCACUCUACGCCGAACACCUCGGGACAAGCCACACACUACGCACAACGCUCCUCCGCCUCGUCACGGGCAGCCUGCUGGACGCGCACGCCAACCUGCGGGUGGUGGGAGCGUCGCUGGCGUACAAUCUCGCGGCGGACAACCACAACGCGCGGCUGGCGGGACGGGCGGAGCGGCUGGCGGAAGAGGAGCAGGUGGAGCUGGCGGCGUCGGUGGCGGAGGCGAUCGAGCGCGAGACGGAGAGCGCGGAGGCGCUGCACGGGCUGGGGGUUGCGCUGGGGUUGCUGGUGUACGAGGCGGCGGUGGACGGGAUGGUGGUGGACGUGUGCAAGGCGCUGGGGGUGGGCGCAACGGUGCGGGCGAAGUCGGGGACGGACGCGGUGCUGCGCGAGAUCGGGGGGUUCCUUGAGGGGUUGUAG